ACUCAUGGAGAGAUUCCUCAUGGAUGGAUUUCGGCCACAGCAGCUAUCCACAUACGCCUUGACCCUGUACAAACACACAGCCACAGUGGGCGGCAAGACCAUCCUCGUGGACUUUUGGGACACAGCAGGCCAGGAGCGGUUCCAGAGCAUGCAUGCCUCCUACUACCACAAGGCCCAUGCCUGUAUCAUGGUGUUUGAUGUGCAGAGGAGAAUCACCUAUAAGAACCUGAGCACCUGGUAUGCCGAGCUUCGGGAGUACAGGCCAAAGAUCCCGUGCAUCGUAGUGGCCAAUAAAAUUGAUGCAGACAUAAAAGUGACCCAGAAAAGCUUCAAUUUUGCAAAGAAAUUCUCUCUACCCCUGUAUUUUGUCUCAGCUGCUGAUGGCACCAAUGUUGUGAAGCUCUUCAGUGAUGCAAUUCAGUUAGCUGUGAACUACAAACAGACCUCCCCGGACUUCAUGGAUGAAGUUUUGCAAGAGCUUGAGAACUUCAAGCUGGAAGAGAAAGAGGAGAAUGUGCCAGACCAAGAACAGAGUGGCAGCAUCGGGAGCCCCUCUCCCUCCUGAGUCAGCCUCCGGGGUUUGGGGAGCGGGAUGGGGGGCUUUCAGAAAACCCUCCCCUUUAGAACCUUGCAGCUCUGAAUUAGGAAACUCCAGGCCAUCUCCUCCUCCAGCUGCUGCAGACCCUGCCACCCACUUGCCUCUCCCACAUCUGUGACCUGUAAUGCAGGAUGAGGUCAGCGCCAGCAGACUGGGCAGGGGUACGUGAUCCUCACCAUGCCUCCUUGGGGCAGAGUUAGGAAUCGUAUCAGCCAAGGGAAUGUAGGUAUAUGUGGUAUGUUUUGGAAUAAAAAGAAAUUUAGAUAGUUGGGUUUUAUUUUCUUCAUAAAACUGACUUCAGGGACAAAUUUAUUUCUACCAAGGUAAUUGCUGAAUUCUCCUCCUGCCCCCCCCCUUUAAUAUUUAUUUAAGAAACAGAGGAAUGGCUCCCAUCUACUGGUUCAGUCCCCGAAAGCCCAGUGGCCCGGAGUGGACCAGGCCAAAGCUGGGAGCCAGGAACUCAGUCUGGUUCUCCCACACGGGUGGAAGAGACCCAGCUAAUGAGGCGUGACUGCUGCCUCGCAGAGUCCAUGUUGGCAGGAGGCUGGAGUCAGGAGCCAGAGCCAAGUGUCCAGUGCAGGCUCUCUGACGGGGCUGUGAGCAUCCUGACCCUAGGCCACACCUGCCCAGCCUUCUGCAGCGUUUGUAAGGCCUCCAUCCUUUUCCCUGAGUUCUCCCUUCUUUCCUCUUCAGUCUCCAGCUAACUUUUUAAAAACCAUUUGAGCAGACAGUAAAUUCAUUCCAUAUUUUUGAACACCUGCUCUGAGGGGCUUCUCCAGGUAUGCCAGGAUCAUGCGAGCAGGUCUACAUAAAAAUUGAAAGCAGGUGGCAGACCUGGCCAUAUUUAAUGAUGCAGAGACACUGCCCUUGGCAAAAGGUUAAUGCAACCGUGCUAUAAGGGAUGCCACCUGGAGUUUAAAUUUAGUUUGCGUUUAAAUGCGUUAAAAUUCCUAUUUCGAAUAAGAAGCUUCCUAUUGUCUUCCUUUUUUGGAUAUUGUGCCUCCUCUAGGUGGCCAAGAACUGCCCCUUCCCUGUGCUUAGGGCCUACUGGUAUGUUUUUGUGAUCAACUUGUGCAGCAUUUGCAUUGCUUUCAUUAAUUUAUUUUUUUUUUACAUUAAAGUUGAGUUGCAAAAACA